AGUGUGCUGCCGCCCGCGUGCCCAAAGUAGGUCUCGCCCAGUCCCCAUGUUAGUCGCGUGGGUGAUGGCCGUCAUGCUAAGGCCCGAUUGAGCUUAUUGAAACAUCGCGGCCAGCGGUCAGCGGCCUGCCAAGGAGAGAUAUGGGGAGAGUUGGACAAUGGGCGAAUCGAGGCUGAGUCUCUGGCCAAGGGUCAUGGCCAAGGGCUUCUUCGCACUUCGACGGGUUCAAGGUAUGCGUUUGUGUGUGAUGCUCGAGAGAUAGAAAACCGAUGCGAUGCCCCGGGCUGCAAUCCCAUCAUAUUUCUCUGUUCUCUAUUGUUUGUUCGUGUGAUUGUUUGCUCUUCUUCAUAUUCUCUUCGUCGAGACCUUCCGUUCUUUUCCCCCCCUUCGCCAUCCAUCAUCAUCCCCCUUUCCCACACUCGUUACGUCGGUCUUGAGGACCCCUUCCCCCCUCCCCCUUUCGUGUCAUUCUUUUUUUUUUCUCUCUUCUCUCUGAAUCCCUCCCAUCUUUUCUCUGGCAAAGUAAAACAACAAUGCUCGCGUCUUCCCUCCUUCUGCUGUCGUCCCUGGUGGCCGGCGCACUCGGCGCGGCCCGGACCUCGCCCCCUUCCGGCGCCCUCGUCGUGGCCAAGUCCGGCGGCGCCUACACGUCGGUCCAGAAGGCCGUCGACGCGGCCAAGGCGGGCGGCGUCAUCUUCAUCCAGCCGGGCACGUACAACGAGCAGGUCCUGAUCCCGGCCAACAAGGGCGCCCUCACCAUCUACGGCUACACGGACGACGACCAGGACUACGCCAAGAACCAGGUCACCAUCACGCACAGCCUCGGCGCCGACGUGGCCGGCAGCAACGACGCCUCCGGCACGCUCCGGGCCAAGAACGACGGCCUCCGCGUCUACAACGUCAACAUCGUCAACUCGCGCGGCAAGGGCGUGCAGGCCAUCGCCCUGAGCGCCUACGGCAGCCAGCAGGGCUACUACGGCAUCCAGGCCAAGGGCUACCAGGACACCGUCCUCUCCAGCCAGGGCACCCACUACUUCCACGCCUCCUACGUCGAGGGCGCCACCGACUUCAUCUUCGGCCAGAAGGCCAUCGCCUGGUUCGAGGCCUGCACCCUCGCCAUCAGCGGCAAGGGCUACAUCACCGCCAACGGCCGCGACGCCGAGAGCAACCCGUCGUGGUACGUCAUCAACAAGUCCACCGUCAAGGCCCUCUCCGGCGUCGCCGACGGCCAGACCUUCCUCGGCCGGCCCUGGCGCACCUUUGCCCGCGUCGUCUUCCAGAACUCCAACCUCGGCGCCGUCGUCAACGCCGCCGGGUGGUCCAAAUGGGGCUCCAACCCGACCGACAACGUCUUCUACCGCGAGUUCGCCAACACGGGCAAGGGCGCGAGCGGCACCCGCGCCAGCUUCUCCAAGAAGCUGUCCGCCGCCGUCAAGAUCGCCGACGUCCUCGGCUCCACCUCCUGGAUCGACACCAAGUACACCGGCGGCGGCGGCGCCUCGAGCUCCGGCUCCAGUUCCGGCUCCGCGGCCGUCUCCAAGCCUGCAGUUUCCGCCGAUGCCGCCGAGUCCAAGGCCACCCCGACCACCCUGAAGACCGUCGUCAAGGCCUCUUCGACCCCUACUCCCGCUCCCGAUGCUGGAGCCGGCACUGGUUCUGGUGCCGGCGCCGGCGCUGCGGACGACUGCAGCGGCACCGCCGACGGCUUCGCGUCCCUGAACGGCGGCACCACCGGGGGCAAGGGCGGCGAGGUCGUCGUCGUCAAGACCCAGGCCGACCUGGAGAAGUACGCCGGCGCCUCCGGCAAGCACGUCAUCAAGGUCUCGGGCAAGAUCACCAUCACGCCCAAGGGCAAGGAGGUCAAGGUCUCGUCCGACAAGACAAUCGUCGGCAUCGGCGCCACCGCCGAGAUCGACCAGGGCGGGUUCAACCUCCAGAACCAGCGCAAUGUCAUUUUCCGCAACAUCCGAAUCGGUAACACCUACGUCGAGGGUGACGACGAGGGCAAGACCCAGGACUUUGACGGUAUCCAGAUGGACAACUGCACCAACAUCUGGAUCGACCACGUCCACUUCGAGAAGGGCGGCGACGGCCUCCUCGACAGCCGCAAGGACACCACCUUCCUGACCGUCUCCUGGACCAUCUUCCGCAACCACAACAAGGCCUUUGGCAUUGGCUGGACCGACAACGUCAACACCGAGAUGACGAUUCACCACAACUUCUUCGACCAGACCAAGCAGCGCAACCCGUCCGUCGACAACGUCAAGCACGCCCACCUGUACAACAACGCGCUGGUCGGGCAGACCUCGUACGGCCACUACGCGCGCGGCGGGACCGAGAUGCGCAUGGAGAACUGCUACUUCGAGAAGGUCCGCAACCCGAUCCAGGCCGACGCGACCGCCAAGCUGAGCGCCUCGGGCAACGUGUACGAGGGCACGACGGGCAGCACGGCCAAGAAUGCCGGCAAGGUGUUCGACCCCAAGACCUUCUACGACUACGAGCUCGACGCCGCCGCCGACGUGUACGGCAUCGUGUCCAAGGGGGCGGGCCGCCAGGCCAGCAUCUGCGCCGCGUGAGCGGGGGUGUUGGGUGUGUGUGUGUGUGUGUGUGUUUGUGUGUGAGUUAGGGAGAGAGAGAGAGAGAGAGAGAGGUGUUUUGAUUCUCCUGGCCUCCAAGCCGCGAAAUGCGUGGCAAACAGAAAGAUGUGAGGAGAGUGAAAGUUGGGAAAAUUCCUUGUAUCUAUUACGACGGCGCGUUGCCGUCGACGAAGCAUAUACCUUUUACUCUUCGGAGCUGUUCAUAUUGAAUACGAACGUUCGUACCA